GCGUGUCCCAGAGUCAUGCAUAUAAUAGCCAGACGAGUUGCGAUAGGCUUUGGCUCCCCAGUCCUCAGCUCUCUGUGCACCAGCAGACUCACCGGCACUCGCAGGCUCUGUACGAUGGCCGAGCUCUCCCCUGAACAAGUGGUAUUCGACAAGCCGAAGGUCGAGCUACAUGUCCACCUCGAUGGAGCCAUCAGGGUGCAGACUAUUCUUGACGUUGCCAAGAGACGCGGCAUCUCUCUGCCAGCAGAUACUGUGGAGGAGAUGACACCGUUCAUUAUUGUCGAAAGCCCUGGAACCCUCACCCAGUUCCUGGGCAAGUUCGCAGAGUACAUGCACGUGGUUGCUGGAGACAGAGAGGCUAUAAAGAGGAUAGCGUAUGAGUUUGUUGAGGACAAAGCCAAGGAAGGAGUGAUUUAUGUUGAGGUCAGAUACAGCCCGCAUUUCUUGGCAAACACAAAAGUGGAUCCAAUACCUUGGGACCAGAAAGAAGGUGACCUGAGCCCAGACGAGGUGGUGCACCUGGUUAACGAGGGCCUCAGCGAGGGGGAGAAGGCCUUCAAUAUCAAAGCCAGGUCCAUUCUAUGCUGCAUGCGCCACAUGCCAAGCUGGUCCAUGGAUGUCGUGCAGCUGUGUAAGAAAUAUUGCAAUGAGGGAGUCGUCGCCAUUGAUCUGGCAGGUGAUGAAUCACUCAACUGUGAGGCCAAUCCAGAACACAGGAAUGCCUAUGAGGAAGCGGUGCGUUCUGGGGUCCACAGGACAGUCCACGCAGGGGAGGUGGGUCCGGCAUCCGUGGUGAAGGAGGCCGUGGAAGUGCUGAAAGCCGAACGUGUUGGACACGGUUACAGAACCCUGGAAGACCAAGCCCUGUACAAAGACCUGCUUAAAAAAGACAUGCACUUUGAGGUGUGUCCUAUUUCCAGUAAGCUAACAGGUGCCUGCCUCCCAGACUUCACCAAGCAUCCUGUGAUCACGUUUAUGAAGGACAAGGCUAACUACUCCCUGAAUACAGAUGACCCUCUGAUCUUCAACUCAAAUUUGCACCUCGACUACAACACCGCGCACAAAUACAUGGGCUUCACCGAGGAGGAAUUCAAACGACUGAACAUAAAAUCUGCAGAGUCAUGCUUCCUGCCUGAGAAGGAGAAGAAAGAGCUCAUCAUGAAACUGCAAGAGGCCUACGGGAUGGUGCAGAGCACUGCCUUUUAAACCUGACGAGGAAGUCUGAAGAGGAACCUAACCCAGGGAAAAACCGCUCUGAACCCUUAAUCUCCACACUUGACGCAAUGGAAUGUCUUUUUCCUCAUUUGUAACCAAACAUAAAGCCUAUAGAAUUAUAUAUCGAACAUGUCUAUCAUAUGGCUGCUGCCUUCACCUCUCAUACCUGACCAUCAUCUGCUUGUGUUUUGUCAUUAUCCCUUUAAAGUAAUUAGAUAGCUUUAAAACUUCAGUUUACAGCGCAGUUCUGGAGGAUGUCAUGGUGCUCUGCAAGGCGGAAAAAAAUAUGUGCAUGCAAAUGUUUUGUGUUUAUGAAGCAGAUUUUGUCGUACGGCAAAACUCUGGAUACAAUCUUCAUCUCGUGUUUACAUCCUGUUGUCAUAAAGAGAAUCAGGGAAGCUUUUGAUGCACAAUUACUUUUACGAAUUUGUGAGCCUUUAAGGGAAGGAUACGGGGGGGCUAUUUGUUGUUCAUCUGUCAUUGCUAUGGUGUCCUGAACAUCUUUGGGUGAAAGCAUGUUGUGAAGGAGCAAUUAAAGCAGUACAGGUUGAGAACUUACGGGGAAAAUAUGGUUUACUGUGAAUAUCCAUUGUUUGGUUUUAAGAGUGAAGUAAGGGGAAUCCAGUGUCAGAAACAUAUAAAUAUGUGUUUUUUAUCCUCCACAUGUAUAACUACAGAACACAUCAGGUAAAACAGCUCAAUACCAAAAGUCUAACAUUUGAACACUAGGUGGCACAAUGCUGUCACCUACAGGGACAAACCACAGCUGACUUAAAGUGGUUUUGCAUUUCGUAAUUACUCUCAAUUAUUUUGAUGUAUAUAUUUAUUUAAAUUGUUUUUUUUUCUUCCUUUCACUCAAUAAAAAAAGAACUUCCAUUAUAACGAACACAUUUAUGACACUUUGAGCAUAAUAAAAGCUAUUACUAAAAUCUU